AGGAGACUCCAUGAGUAUUCAUAACGGACAGAAGUUCUCCACCUUCGACAAAGACCAGGACUCCUGGACUUCUAACUGUGCCAGAGAACGCCUGGGGGGGUUCUGGUACAACAUUUGUAUCCACACAAAUCCCAACGGGGUUUAUCUUUGGGGGGCUGAUGACCCUAAUACACUUAAAGGAGUGAUCUGGCUCUCUUGGAAGGGUUACAGCUACUCCCUGAAAUCCAUCAGCAUGAAGGUCCGUCCUGUGCAGUAGUUCUGCAGGACAGCAACAUGUCCUCAGCUGAUAUCAAUCACAUGUAAUCACUCAUGACUUUAAGAUGGAAACAGAUCCACACAGUGUGAUAAUGUCUACGUUUUAAAUUCAAACUGAAUCACUAUUUGCUUCACGCUGACAAUAAAUGAAAACAAAUAGCUGA